ACCUGAGAUGGCCUUUGUUCACCUGGCAGCUGUAGGCUCACCCUCAGCGUGAAUGUCCCUGGAAAAGUAUGGAAGUGUGACUUGGGCAGAUUUGAUGUUCAGAAAUGAAGUGAGCCUUAAUGUAUUACUGGUUUCUCCUUUUAGCUAUGGGAUGAUCUGGUUUCCUACCUACUCCAGGUAGUAAAAGCCACAGCUGCUCCAAAAAUAAUGAUUCUCAGCUAGGCCUCUUUUUAGAAAUGUGAAUAAGGCAACUCAAACCAUUGAGACAAAAUUACACUCAGCCAAUAAACCCCUGAAUCUUCCCCUGGCCUCUUACCAGGCUCUUUUCUAACACAGCUCCUGUUCUUAACUCUGCAAAAAAACUUUUCUGCACCCUUAGGUUUUUUUCAGUGAGCUGUAUCCACCAGCUCAGGGAUGGGUCUGACUGCCAUGAAUGCAAAGAGGGUACAGAGUGUGAAGUGGAAGAGCAAGUCUUUUGGGGGUAGGUAGUCUUUAAGGCAGGUUCAGCUGGCCAUGCAUUAUGUAUUAUGUCUAAGAGACUUCUAUGCUGAUGGGCUGGCUGUCUCCUAAACCAACUGCCUUGGACUUGUUUUGCCUCAGGUGAGCUCAGAGCCUUUCCCUAUGCCUGCUGGUGCAGUGGUAUUCUCCACAGUGCCAGAGAUGUCCUGGAGCUCACCCUGAGAUUUUGCUCCCUGCUGAACUGUAGGUUUUGGGCAGGUUGUGCUCUAAGUUCAGAAUCAGAUUCAGUUUGCACAGCUGUCUCAGAAGUAGUGGCUUCUCAACCAGAUGUGUAAUAUAAGCAUCUGGCAAGCAGGCAGCUGCUCUGGGGAGCUGUGAGGGUCUCAGGCUGUGAGCUAGGGACCAGCAUCUCUGUAGAUGUGUAUUCAUUGCUUGCAGCAUCCUAGCUCUGUGCUGGAGAAGACAGGGGCAUGCUGUGCCCUGACUUAGUACUCACUAAGCUCCCUGGGUGGAGGUCAUGGGCCCAGAGGCCAGGAAAGACCUGUGGCAUAGAAAAAGAAAAAAAAAUCCAGAUGAAAAGUCAGGGACAGGACUGCAAGGAGGGGCAGAGUGCAUGCCAAAACAGCCUUUGUAUCUGUGAAAGCUGGCAGAGCUGCAGAGCUGCUAAAGCAGUCAACAGCUGAUGCAGAGUCCUGGGAACAGAGCUGGAGAUAAUUGUGGAGAUAGGAGAUGAGGCAAAUUCAGGCUUCCAGACUGCUGAACUGAAAAAGAAGAGGUAACAGCAUUUAACCUGGGAAGGAACCCAAGAGACAUCGUGUAAAAUGAGUCAGCUCUAACUCCUGCAGAUGGCCCGCAGGUAGGAAAACUCCACGGGUGUAAGGGGAGGGUGUGUCUCGAGGGGAGGACUCAGGGGCUGGACUCAAAUCAGGUGGUGAACUCAAAGUGUCCUCCUCCCUGUUGGAGUUGGCUCAGGGCGGUGCUGACUUUACAACAGUCCAAUGUCAACUGCUCCUGAGGUGCUGGUGGCUCAGGAGCUCAAAACCAUUUUUUACCUCUCUCUGAGAGAAGGAAAAGAAAGAGCUCUGGCCCCAAAACAGUUGAGACCUUUCUCAGGUCAGUCUUAAAUUCUUACCUCUCCCAGCAGCUGCUUCUCAAGCCCUGAGGAUUUCACUGAGCCAAUUUAAUGCUGGUGGUCAGACAGUUUAAACCCAUUAGCUCCCAGCUAUCUGAAUAAUUUUCUCCUGGGAUCCCAGCACACGGGCAGACUGCUCUAAACAGAACUGCAGAGCCCUGCCACGGGACCUGGACCUUUGCUGACUGCUGUGGCCUGUGUGGUGAGCAUUCAGGGGCUGAAGAAAAUGCCACUGGGGAGAUCCCUGUCCAUGACAUCUCUGAAUGGGCUUCCUCAGUGUGAGGAUGAAGACCUGCCCGUGGAGGAUUUGUUGCUCUUUGAAAUUUCUUGGGAAGUUACCAACAAAGUGGGAGGCAUUUACACUGUGAUCCAGACAAAAGCCAAAACCACAGCAGAUGAAUGGGGUGAAAACUAUUUCCUGAUUGGCCCCUAUUUUGAGCAGAAUGUGAAGACUCAGGUGGAAUUUUCUGAACCUCCAAACCCUGCAGUUAAGAAGGCAAUGGACACCAUGAAAAGCCAAGGGUGUCAGGUCUUUUUUGGAAGAUGGCUGAUAGAGGGCAGCCCAUAUGUCAUACUGUUUGAUAUAGGAUCAGCAGCUUGGAACCUGGACAAGUGGAAAGGUGAAUUUUGGGAAGUCAGCAACAUAGGGAUCCCUUUUCAUGACCGAGAAGCCAACGAUGCUGUGAUUUUUGGAUCAUUAACAGCCUGGUUUUUGAAAGAGCUUUCCUGUCAGUUUGAUGACAAGCCCAAUAUAAUUGCCCACUUCCACGAGUGGCAGGCAGGAGUGGGUCUAAUCCUGUCUCGAUCACAGAAACUUCCUGUCGCCACAAUUUUUACUACCCACGCAACUCUGCUUGGGAGAUACUUGUGUGCAGCCAGUCUUGACUUUUACAACAAUCUGGACCAGUUUGACAUUGACAAGGAGGCUGGAGAGAGGCAGAUUUACCAUCGGUACUGUAUGGAACGGGCAUCUGUGCAUUGUGCCCAUGUGUUCACCACAGUCUCCCAGAUCACAGCUACAGAAGCAGAACAUAUGCUUAAAAAAAGCCCUGAUGUUGUCACCCCAAAUGGCUUGAACAUUAAGAAAUUUUCAGCAAUGCAUGAGUUUCAGAAUUUGCAUUCCAUGUACAAGGCUAGGAUCCAAGAGUUCAUUCGAGGUCAUUUCUAUGGCCACCUUGACUUCGAUCUUGACAAGACCUUGUUUUUCUUCAUUGCUGGGAGAUAUGAGUUUUCCAACAAAGGAGCUGAUAUGUUUCUAGAAGCCUUAUCAAGAUUAAACUUUCUGCUGAGGGUUCACAAGACUGAUGUUACGGUUAUUGUGUUCUUCAUCAUGCCAGCAAAGACCAACAAUUUCAACGUGGAAACCUUGAAAGGACAAGCAGUCCGAAAGCAGCUCUGGGACACUGCACAGUCUGUGAAAGAAAAGUUUGGAAGGAAGCUCUACAAUGCCUUGCUGAAAGGAGAAAUCCCAGACUUGAAUAAGAUUCUUGACCGAGAUGACAUUAGCAUUAUGAAAAGAGCCAUCUUUUCAACUCAGAGACACUCUCUGCCUCCAGUGACCACCCACAACAUGAUUGAUGACAGCAAUGACCCAAUCCUCAACACCAUCCGGCGCAUUGGGCUGUUCAACAACCGCACAGACCGCGUGAAGGUCAUCCUACAUCCAGAGUUUCUUUCUUCAACGAGCCCCUUGCUGCCCUUGGACUAUGAAGAAUUUGUUAGAGGCUGCCACCUUGGUGUAUUCCCAUCUUACUAUGAACCCUGGGGCUACACUCCAGCUGAGUGUACUGUGAUGGGCAUUCCCAGUGUAACCACAAACCUCUCUGGAUUUGGCUGUUUCAUGCAGGAACACGUUGCUGAUCCAGAAGCUUAUGGGAUCUACAUCGUGGACAGGAGGUUCCGCUCGCCGGACGAGUCGUGCAACCAGCUGACCCAGUUCCUGUACGGGUUCUGCCAGCAGAACCGGCGCCAGAGGAUCAUCCAGAGGAACCGCACCGAGCGCCUCUCUGACCUCCUGGACUGGAAAUACCUGGGCAGGUAUUACAUGCAUGCCAGACACUUGGCCCUCAGCAGAACAUUCCCGGAUAAAUUUGAGAUGGAACGAAGUGCUCCACCAAAGACGGAAGGUUUCAGGUACCCCAGGCCUUCAUCAGUGCCGCCAUCGCCCUCUGCCUCACAGCAUUCCAGCCCUCACCACAGCGAAGCUGAGGACGAAGAUGAGGACGAGAGAUACGACGAGGAUGAGGAAGCUGAAAGGGAUAGGCAGAACAUCAAGUCCCCCUUUUCCUUUGGAGCCUUGCCACAAGGAAAAAAGAAGCAGCACGGGGAAUACAGGAACUGAACUCGUUGCUCUCGCCCUGGCACUGCUCCCCAUCCACUCGACAGUUUCUCCUGUAGGCUUGGCAAGCUUUGUGUUAAGGACAGUGUGGUAUAAUUAGGGGAACCUUAAAUGUUACUUGAGCUACACUUCUGGAAAUAAUACUAUUUCACCUUGAAAGUAGUUUAAAUGACAAUUUUUCUGUGCCCCUUUGAGGUAGAAGAGAUUUUUCAGGCUUAAUAAAACUAGAGAAUGAGACAAGCCCCUCAGGAGCUUAUACAUACUGCAGAUCUUACCUUUGUCUGUGGAAUCAUCUGUAUUAAUCAUAGUCUAGACAAAUAGCUGCACUUUGGGUAUCCCAAAUGAAUUCCUACUUCAUUUAUGUUUCCCCUUUUCCCCUCCUAAAUUAACGUGAACUUUAAACCAGAACUCAAAAAAAUCAAAGAAAAAAUAUGUUACACUGGAGAAAUUUGGAAGAGUUAAAAAAGAUACACUGAAAAAAAAUGGUCUUUCUUUUUCCUGAUGCUGUUUAUUGUAAGCUUGCAUAAUUUAAAACACUUUUUUACAGCACACAGAAGUGUCUUGAUCCAGUAGUAAAACAUACUUCCUGUGGAACAAUAUAACGUCUUAUGCAGUGGGCAUUUUAGAAACAAACGAAGUCAUCUUUCUGAGGUCAUUUAGACCCA